AUGGCCAGAAAAGGCGGAGCCGAGGGCAACAGCAAGAAGGCUGCGGGCCAAGCCCGCAAGGCCGAGACCGCCGCAAAGAAGGCGGCCCUUGCUGAGGCCGAGAAAGAGGCAUCUGAGUCGGCCAAGUGGGACAAAGGAGCGAAAAGCAAUUCCAAAAAAGAAGCCGAAGCUGAAAAGAAAGCGGAGCAGGCCCGAAAGAAGGCCGAGCGUGAAGCUCUGCUGGCCGAAGAGGAGAAGAACACGCCGGGGCGAUCGGCACCCAAGAAUUCCAAGGCGGCCGUCAGGAAGACCAGGGGCCUAGACCUCUCGCAGCUCGACGACGACGGCAGCGGGGGCCUGUCGGCGCUCAACGCAUCUGGCAUCGACAACGCGCUCGACGCGCUGUCACUGACGUCCAGAACCGAUGCCAAGAUCGACAGGCAUCCCGAAAGGCGUUACAAGGCUGCAUAUGCAAUCUUCGAGGAGCGGCGGCUCGGCGAGAUGGACGCGGAUGGCAGCGGUGCCGGUCUCCGGAUGAAUCAGAAAAAGGAGAGGAUCAAGAAGGAGUUCGAGCGCAGCCCGGACAAUCCGUUCAAUCAGCUCACGGCACGUUACGACACCACCAAAGAAGAGCUCGCGCAGCUCAAGGAGCAGGAGAAGUCCAAAAUCGAGACCCGACUUGCAUCUCCCUGA